AGGCGCACUCCGGCAGCGGCAGUUGGUGCCUGAGGAGGCGAGAUAGCAUUGGGGAAGCGAGGCGUGCGGCGUUGCGCAUGCGCGCCGCGGCUUUCUCUCCCCCCCCCCCCCCUUCGUCGCCGGGGUUCUCUUCUGUGAGGUAAAAAGAAGGGCGGCGGGAAGGAGCGUCGCCUGAGGGAAACCGUUGUUGCCUCCCCGCCAGCGGAGGAGGGGCCCCAGGUCGGGGCCGCCAGCAUGAACAGCGUCGGGGGCGCCGACGAGAUCGGGAAGCUGUUUGUGGGUGGCCUCGACUGGAGCACCACACAAGAAACGCUCCGCAGCUACUUCUCCCAGUAUGGGGAAGUGGUCGACUGUGUGAUAAUGAAAGACAAGACGACAAAUCAGUCGCGAGGCUUUGGAUUUGUCAAGUUCAAAGAUCCCAACUGUGUCGGGACAGUCCUGGCCAGCAGGCCCCAUACAUUAGAUGGCCGAAAUAUUGACCCAAAGCCCUGCACCCCUCGAGGAAUGCAGCCAGAGAGAACACGACCAAAGGAGGGAUGGAAAGGAUCCAGGAGCGAUAGCAAAUCCAAUAAGAUUUUUGUGGGUGGAAUCCCUCACAACUGUGGUGAGACGGAGCUCAGGGAAUACUUCAAGAAGUUCGGAGUGGUCACCGAAGUGGUCAUGAUCUAUGACGCAGAGAAGCAGCGGCCCCGAGGUAAAGGAGACCUUUUGUUUGCCCUUGAACAUUUCUUUCGCCCUCUUCCUGGAUCAGAUGGCAAACUUGUACGAUGUCAGCCUAUCCCCCUCCCAAAAAAACGUCCCUGAUUUAUUUUGGCUCGGAAAAUCACAUCCCUUGGGGACGCUCUUCAUGCAGUUCCAUCUAUUGUGUGUCAACUGCUUUCGGAGUCCGGUGUUGCAUGUCUCUGUUUCCCAAAUCCCUUCCCAAAGGAGAAAAAAGACACACGAGGCUUCUGAAAGCUUACAUCUUUGUUUCCCUGACCUUUAGAAACUGGAGAUAACAUAAAGUCUCCUUUUCCAGGCUUACGGUCCUCCCUCGCUGGGAGAAGGGAUGUCUAGUUUUGUCCAUUGCUCUUGGCCCAAAACCGUGUCUUGUCGUCACUGUUUAGUAUAUUUUGUGUCUUGAGUAGGGGUCCUCAAACUUUUUCAGUGGAGGGCCGAUUCACAGUCCCUCAGACUGUUGAGGGGCCGGACUAGGAUGAAAUAGUCCAAAAUGAGGAUUGUUGUUGUUGUGUGCCUUCAAAUCGUUUCAUACAGGUCAACCCGAAGUCUAAAGUUUAGGACAAAGGCCAGAUAGAUGAACUUGGAGGGCCUUAGAUUGGGGACCCCUGAUCUAGACGAUCUCAUAAAACCAUAGAUAAGCAAAGAGAUCCCAAAGAUCAUAUAGACGGUCUCAUAGGACCAUAGGUAAGGAAAGGGACCUCCAAAGACCAUCUAGACAGCCUCAUAGGACCAUAGGUAAGGAAAGUGCCCCCCAAAUUUAUUUUAUUUAUUUAUUUCUAAUAUUUCUACCCCGCCCUUCUCCCCGAGGGGACUCAGGGAAGGAAAGUGACCCUCCAAGGCCACCUAGAUGGUUUCAUAAGGCCAUAGGUAAGGAAAGAGACCUCCAAAGACCAUCUAGAUGGUCCUCAAAGGCCCUCUAGAUCUCAUCAGGCCUUCAGAAGGCCAUAGAUAAGGAAAGGGACCCUCAAAAACCAUGUAGAUGGUUUCAUAAGGCCCCCAAAGGCAAUCUAGACAGUCUUAUAGGACCAUAGGUAAGGAAAGUGACCUCCAAAAGCCAUCUAGAUGGUUUCAUAAGGCCAUAGGUAAGAAAAAUGACCCUCAAAGGCCAUCUAGAUGAUCUCAUCAGGCCUUCAGAAGACCAUAGAUAAGGAAAGGGACCCUCAAAAAUCGUGUAGAUGGUUUCAUAAGGCCCCCAAAGGCAAUCUAGACAGUCUUAUAGGACCAUAGGUAAGGAAAGUGAGCUCCAAAAGCCAUCUAGAUGGUCUCAUAGGACCAUAGGUAAGGAAAGAGACCUCCAAAGACCAUCUACAUGGUCUCCUAAGGCCGUAGCUAAGCAAAGAGACCUUCAAAGACCAUCUAGAUGCUCUCAUAAGACCAUAGGUAAGGAAAGUGACCCUCAAAGGCCAUUUAGAUGAUCUCAUCAGGCCUUCAGAAGACCAUAGAUAAGGAAAGGGACCCUCAAAAGACCAUCUAUAUGGUCUCCUAAGGCCGUAGCCAAGCAAAGAGACCUUCAAAGACCAUCUAGGCGCUCUCAUAAGACUAUAGGUAAGGAAAGUGACCUCCAAAAGACAUCUAGAUGGUCUCAUAAGGCUGUAGCUAAGGAAAGAGACCUUCAAAGACCAUCAAGAUGACCUCAUAAGACCAUAGGUAAGCAAAGAGACCUCCAAAGACCAGGUAGACUUAGGUCAACCCUAAGUCUAAAGUUUAGGACAGGGGCCAGGUAAAGGACCUUGGAGGGCUGCAUCCGGCCCACGGGCCUUAGUUUGGGGAGAGUGGGUGGGGCUACCGCCUAAAAGUGUCUAAAAGAUUUGGCUCAUGUUCACUUGAGGAUCUAAGCAGUGCUGGGCACGAGUGCAGCUUCCCCUUUAACUCGAAAGGCUCCUCCUUGUUUUUGGUCCUGAACGAAAGCAGUGGUCCCAUCGUCCGGCUUUCCAUUUCACCUUUUUCCGUUGGCUCUCAAAAAGCACAAUAUUUUCUAUAAAACGCCAUCUGCUUCCAUUGCAAUGACCCCCUCGGUAGCAUGUCAAGACAAUGCUGGGAAAACAGUUUGCCAUCUGGACUUUCCACUCUUCUUCCUUGAGACCAUUCUUAUUUUAAAGCUAUAUCUAAAUUUAUUUUCACUUCAUAUUUAUUAAGCUGUUAAGUCUUAGUUUUUGUUUUAAUUUAGACAUACAUCCUAGUGACAUAUUUAAGUGUUUCAUAGUAAAAGUACAGUUAAACGUUAAGUUCUUUCUUCCCCCCUUCCUUCCUUUUUCUUUCUCUCUCUCUCUCCCUCUGUGAACUGUUUUGUGAUUAAUAUCUCUUUAGAUUUCUUCUCUCUAGGUGAUAGAUUAUCACAGAGGUACAGGCCAUUUCCCUACAAACCGAGGUUUUGUCUUUUUAUUGGGAUUGUGAAUUAAAUUUUUUUUUUUCCAUAUUUGGGGCGGGAGGAGCUUGGUGAAGGGGAUGACGGUGCCUUUUUAAAUUAUUAUUCCUACUAUUAUUAUUAUUAUUUCAAUGCCUUAAUUCGUUUUGCAACAGCUUUGCCCUGUUUCAACAGAGAAAUUCACGGACGCAGCAAAGAGCAGCAACUUUUUUAAGGCCUGUUUUGUUUUGUUUUUCUGGUAAAGGCAACAGAUCCCUCAGUUUCAAAAUCUCCUUUCCCACCGAGGAAUCGGGUCAUUGAAACAUAUAUUUUUUUUCUCCUAUACUGAUUGUUAUUCACUGCCACCAAGUCAGCUUUUUCUGAUGGUGAUCCCAUGAAUGAGAACUCAUCCAAAUACUGCACAAGUUUAUAGUUCUCAUCAAUGAGAUAGAUAGAUAGCUGGGUUAACUGGCAAGGAAAUCCCUUCUUCCUUUUAACCUCUUUGUCGGCCUUUCUCUCCUAUUUGUUAGACUGAUACUUCUCGAGAGUCAUGCCUCUUUUUAUUCACAUAGUCAGCCCCUGAGUCCUCCUAUUUGUUCUUCUCCUGUGAGCAUGGAGAGAGACAAGGUGUCUCCAAGAGAUAGAUAGAGAAUUAGAAAACUUUUAAAGCUUGCUUCUGCUCCUGCAAUUACUGAGGCUCAUUCGCUCUACUGCUAGGCUCAAGAAAUAUAGUUACAAAACAAGGCUGUAAUCAUCAAAUCCAUAGAAGCAUAGGUAUGAAACAAGGUCCUUUCAAAGGAAGCCAAAGUCCCAGAAACGAGAAUAUAUCCAGGCUACAAGGUAAUAGAGGAACACAGACUUGAUACAGGAAAGCAGACUUGGUUCUUGACUCGAGCUAAGAAGUUGCUUUGACAAAGAUCUCUCUUUCAGCCGACUGUUUUAAUAGCAUAACAUGAAGGCAUUUCUUUGCCCUUUGUCCUCCCUCUUAUUUGCUAUUCGAAGGCUUCUACGCAACACCCGAAAUUCCAGCCGAUUGUCAAGGCCACUGAGCCCAUUAGUGUUAUCAGAGCUGCUCUCCCCUUCUGCUUCUUGCACCUGAAAACCAUCAUCAGAAACAACCUCAUUUCUUCCCAUGGGAAAAACUCCCUGCUCGUCAUCUCCCACAGCACCUGAAUCUCAUACUUCCCAUCAGAGUCAUCUUGAAAUUCAUCCUGAAUCUGAACCCCAUCAUUAUGCUCUUGCAUCCUAGGAUCCUCAUCAGUCACACACUUCAGUCACUCCAGAAGCAACUCCGGUUGCUCCUGACACGAAAAAAAAAAAAAAAUCAGUCACACAAAGGCAAAGGCUGAGUCACAGCAGGGUGGCUUUACAAAGGCAACAAUUCAAUGCCAUAUAUACAUAUCGAUAAAUCAGCAAAUGCAUUAAAAUCCAAAGCAGUUGAAACAUAAACUUGAAAAGAUCAAUUAAAAUCACAAAAUCCAGGUCAUAUCCCAUGGCCGAUCCGAAUUGUCAUUAUAUUAUUUAUUGUCUCAUAUUGCACUACUCCCAAAAACUGACCAAAAACCAUGUUUUUAGUUUUUUCCUGGAGGUCAGGAGGGAGGGGGCCGAUCUAAUUUCACUGGAAAGGGAGUUCCAUAGCCAAGGGGCCACCACUGAGAAGGCCAUGUCUCUCAUCCCCACCAGUCGCGCUACUGAACCUCUAUGCCCCGCCACCGUGUUCUAACAAGCAAUACAGAGGCUCAGCCCUGUCACGCGCUCUUUGGAAGAGGCCCCACCACCACCCCUAGCCCUGCUUUUUAGUCCUAAAAGGCCUCUCAGGAGAGCUAUAGAGGCUCAGCCCUGUCUCAGGCUCUUGGGAAGAGGCCCCGCCCCCACCUUUAGCGCUGCCCAUUAGUCCUAAAAGGCCUCUCAGGAGAGCUAUAGAGGCUCAGCCCUGUCUCGUGCUCUUGGGAAGAGGCCCCGACCCUAGCCCUGCCCUUCAGUCCUAAAAGGCCUCUCAGGAGAGGUAUAGAGGCUCAGCCCUGUCUCAGGCUCUUGGAAGGAGGCCCCGCCCCCACCCCUAGCCCCACCCUCUAGUCCUAAAAGGCCUCUCAGGAGAGGUAUAGAGGCUCAGCCCUGUCUCAGGCUCUUGGAAGGAGGCCCCGCCCCCACCCCUAGCCCCACCCUCUAGUCCUAAAAGGCAUCUCAGGAGAGGUAUAGAGGCUCAGCCCUGUCUCAGGCUCUUGGAAGGAGGCCCCACCCCCACUCCUAGCCCCACCCUCUAGUCCUAAACGGCAUCUCAGGAGAGGUAUAGAGGCUCAGCCCUGUCUCAGGCUCUUGGAAGGAGGCCCCGCCCCCACUCCUAGCCCCACCCUCUAGUCCUAAAAGGCAUCUCAGGAGAGGUAUAGAGGCUCAGCCCUGUCUCAGGCUCUUGGAAGGAGGCCCCGCCCCCACCCCUAGCCCCACCCUCUAGUCCUAAAAGGCCUCUCAGGAGAGGUAUAGAGGCUCAGCCCUGUCUCAGGCUCUUGGAAGGAGGCCCCGCCCCCACCCCUAGCCCCACCCUCUAGUCCUAAAAGGCAUCUCAGGAGAGGUAUAGAGGCUCAGCCCUGUCUCAGGCUCUUGGAAGGAGGCCCCGCCCCCACCCCUAGCCCCACCCUCUAGUCCUAAAAGGCAUCUCAGGAGAGGUAUAGAGGCUCAGCCCUGUCUCAGGCUCUUGGAAGGAGGCCCCGCCCCCACCCCUAGCCCCACCCUCUAGUCCUAAAAGGCAUCUCAGGAGAGGUAUAGAGGCUCAGCCCUGUCUCAGGCUCUUGGAAGGAGGCCCCGCCCCCACCCCUAGCCCCACCCUCUAGUCCUAAAAGGCAUCUCAGGAGAGGUAUAGAGGCUCAGCCCUGUCUCAGGCUCUUGGAAGGAGGCCCCGCCCCCACCCCUAGCCCCACCCUCUAGUCCUAAAAGGCAUCUCAGGAGAGGUAUAGAGGCUCAGCCCUGUCUCAGGCUCUUGGAAGGAGGCCCCGCCCCCACUCCUAGCCCCACCCUCUAGUCCUAAAAGGCAUCUCAGGAGAGGUAUAGAGGCUCAGCCAUGUCCCGGGCUCUUGGAAGGAGGCCCCGCCCCCACCCCUAGCCCCACCCUCUAGUCCUAAAAGGCAUCUCAGGAGAGGUAUAGAGGCUCAGCCCUGUCUCAGGCUCUUGGAAGGAGGCCCCGCCCCCACCCCUAGCCCCACCCUCUAGUCCUAAAAGGCAUCUCAGGAGAGGUAUAGAGGCUCAGCCAUGUCCCGGGCUCUUGGAAGGAGGCCCACCUUGUUCCCUAGCUCUUCCCUCUGUCCCAACAAGAGCCUCAGGAGAGGUAUAGAUUCUCAACCCUGUCUCAUGCUCUUGGGAAGAAGCUACGCCCACUCCUCUAGCUCCGCCCUGUGUGUCCUAACAGGCGCCUCAGGUGCUCAGCACUGUCUCCGACACUUGGGAAGAGGCUCCGCCCCUCCCCUGGCCCCGCCCCCUUAGGUCAACCCUAAGUCUAAAGUUUAGGACAGAGGCCAGAUCAAUGACGUUGGAGGGCCUUAGUUUAGUUUCAUAAGACCAUAGGUAAGCAAAGAAACCUUCAAAGACCAUCUAGAUGGUCUCAUAAAACCAUAGAUGAGGAAAGGGACCCUCAAAGACCAUCUAGAUGGUCUCACAAGACAGUAGGUAAGCAGAGAGACCUCCAAAGACCAUCUAGAUGGUCUCAUAACACCAUAAGGUAAAGAAAGGGGCCCUCAAAGGCCAUCUAGAUGAUCUCAUCAGGCCAUCAGAAGACCAUAGAUAAGGAAAGGGACACUCUGAGACCAUCUAGAUGGUUUCAUAAGACCAUACGUAAGGAAAUGGGCCAUCUAGACAGUCUCAUAGGAACAUAGGUAAGGAAAAUGACCUCCAAAGGCCACCUAGAUGGUCUCAUAAGACCAUAGGUAAGGAAA